AGUUUCGCGCAGACUUUACAAAAUGGCGACUGUUGUUGAUUUGUUGCGGAGUCCGUGAAUAAACCGUUCGUUAUUUAUAUAUUUUGUUUUUACAAGUUUAUGCAUUAAUUUUCAAGAAAAAAAAUCACUACAAUUCCAACAAGUGCCAAGGGUUGGCUCCGCGAGGACUGAAAUGAAAGGUAAAGAGCGGUCGCCCAUUAAAAAACGCUCCAGGGCCUUGGACGAGCUCCGGGACAGAGGAGGAGGAGGAUGCCACCCGAGCAGCAAGAAAAUGGGCGCUCUGUCUAUUUCCACUGGUAGUAACAGUGGCAACACCUCCGCCAAAAGCGACGGCGGCUCGACCAGAAGGAGCCUGCUCGGGGAGAAGCGAGACAGAGACUUUGACGGCCACAGCCGGACUGGAAACAACCACAGCUGUCAGGGAGCCGCGGCUAGCUCGGUGGCUAAGAACCACAGCCUGGGCAUGCCGUUGGACGUAGUCCCGCCGAGGGCCGCGGCGCGCGGGGAGCAGCGGGCUCAGCUGCCCGGCGCCGAGAGUGAGUACAAAACCCUUAAAAUCAGCGAACUGGGCUCCCAGCUCAGCGACGAAGAUAUAGAAGAUGGACUUUUUCACGAGUUUAAGAAAUUCGGUGAUGUUAGCGUUAAGUUAAGCCGCAGCAACGACGAGCGGAUAGCCUUCGUAAAUUUCCGGAAGUCGGAGGACGCCCGAGCCGCCAAGCAUGCCCGAGGCCGGCUGGUUCUGUACGAGAGGCCGCUGAAAAUAGAGGCGGUGUACGGCAACAGGCGGAGGAGCCGCUCCCCUGUGGAGAGGGAGCUGUGCGGAGCAGCUCAGAGCCACAGACACUUGCAGAGGCCCUUGUCGCCCACGGGGCUCGGAUACAGAGACUACAGGCUGCAGCAGCUGGCCUUAGGACGGCUCCCUCCUCCCCCACCUCCCCCUUUGCCCAGAGACCUUGAGCGGGAUAGGGAGUUUGCCCUAUUCGAGGCCAGAACACGCCCGGCGUUCAUCGCAGAACGUGCAGCUUUUCGUGAGAAGGAUUUUUUAUCUCCAGUAGAUGACCAAAGAGCCAACAGGACAUUGUUUUUGGGCAACUUGGACACAGCUGUAACAGAGGCAGACUUACGUAGAGCUUUUGAGAGGUUUGGAGUUAUAACAGAGGUGGACAUUAAAAAAGCCUCGCGGGGACAAACCAGCGCAUAUGGUUUUUUGAAAUUUGAGAAUCUUGACAUGGCUCACCGUGCUAAACUCAGUAUGUCUGGCCAAAUAGUGUGUCGCAACCCCAUAAAGAUAGGCUAUGGUAAAGCCACUCCAUCCACACGUCUGUGGGUAGGUGGUCUUGGUCCAUGGGUACCUUUGGCUGCCCUGGCUAGGGAGUUUGAUCGCUUUGGUACUAUAAGGACCAUUGACUACAGAAAAGGGGACGCUUGGGCUUACAUUCAGUAUGAAAGUUUAGAUGCUGCACAAGCGGCAUGCAAACACAUGCGGGGCUUCCCGCUGGGAGGUCCUGAGAGAAGACUCAGAGUGGACUUUGCAGAUGCUGAGCACCGUUAUCAACAACAGUUCCUGCAGCCUCUCCCGAUAUCUCCAUUUGACAUGGUGGCAGAGUCAUUUGUCCAUCGAGCCACACCUGAACCUUUGAGGGUCAGGGAAAGGACUCCACCUCCACUUCACUUUAGAGAGCGAGAACUCUUUCCUGGUACUGAGUGGCCCAACCCUGCUGUUCGUGAACGUGUUCGUGCCUCAGCUUUUGAGCCUCUAGACCACUUGGAACGUGAUCGGCGGCCACGGGAGCCUUGGUCUUUGGAAAGGGAGCUGCAAGGACGUGAACCUGUAUGGAAGAGACGCAUAAUGGAAGAUGGUCGUCAUAUAGACCACUCCCCCGACAGCACCGAGAGGACAAUAAGGCGCAGACGUACCUCUCCAGAAGGCAGUCCCGGGGGUAGCAGCAGAGAUGGAGGGCGAUUCAGUGACUCGGAGCGUCCCCUCCGGAGUGAGAGGUCCUCUCCGACACGGGAACGUCACAGUAGUAUGGAAAGGGGUGGGGUUGAACGAAAACUCAAAAGUCAGAGUCUCUCUGACAAAGGACCUGCAAGCAGUGUUGUUUCUACAGUGGGAGAGAGAAAGCGCAGAGCAGGAGAUGGCAGUAAAGGGCCAGCUAAGAGAGAACGCUCUGAUGGCAGCUCCAAAGGAGGCCAGCCAUCCAAGCCAGAUGGCACCAAGCUGAGUUUGGCAUGGCAUGGUAUGCUGCUGCUGAAGAACAGCAACUUCCCGGCCAACAUGCAUCUUCUGCAGGGUGACAGCAGUGUAGCCAGCGACCUGCUUAUUGACGGCACUACACGGCGGCAGGUGAGCGAGCUAAAGAUCACCCAGCGUCUCCGCCUGGACCAGCCCAAGCUCGAUGAGGUUUCGCGACGCAUCAAGAUGGCGGGGUCAGGAGGCUACGCCAUCCUGCUGGCGGUUCCUGGAAGAACAGGGGAUGCAUCUUCAUCUGACCCUGCUGCCUCGACUCAGCGGCCACUUCGCAACCUGGUGUCCUAUCUCAACCAAAAACAAGCAGCUGGCGUCAUCAGCCUGCCUGUGGGUGGGAGCAGAGAUAAAGACAACACAGGGGUUCUACAUGCAUUUCCUCCCUGUGAGUUCUCUCAGCAGUUCCUGGAUUCCUCUGCCAAAGCUUUGGCUAAAAGUGAGGAGGACUAUCUGGUCAUGAUUGUCGUCCGAGGAGCAUCCUAAAAAAACAGCACACCAAGAUUCAGUGUUUAAAAAACAAACAAACAUACAGUUGCCAGGAACUCUUGCAUGCUGUGUGUUGUGCGUCCACGGGGUAUACUGGUGUGGCUUUUUGUUUUCUGGUGGGGGGGGAUGUGUUGUGUUUUGCCAUGUAAUUUGCUAAUUGGGAAGAAUGUGUCUCCUUAAAAACAACAGGUGUGCUUAAAAGAUUCUCAAUGGGCAUGUAAUUGGUCAGAUUAACAAACGGUAAAAUGUUUCAGUGCAUCAAGGCAAAUGGAAGAAAUGAAAUGUAACUUAAUUCAACAAUACAAGUGGUAUAGGAAUAAAUUUACAUCAAAAUGCAAAAUCACAGCCAGCUCUACUCUAAAAGUAUAUAAGCAAAAUAGAAUGAGUUCACCUAACUGUAAAAUAAGACCGACAACAAAACUAGAAAAUUUGGUCUCAAAUAAUGGCCACUUACAUUAACGUCUCUGUUAUAUUGUUCAGCUUUUACAAAAACAUGACAAGUGUCACAAUAGAGAUGGCAAUUUUGUAACUUUGAGCCACUUUCUAAUGAUUUGAAUCUAUUUUUCUGCAACAUUUCAAAAUCUGCUGUCUUGUUAUUGCAACAUCUGGAGUCAGAAUUAUAUGCUAUUAUAAAUUAGUUGAAGUGAAAUUUGAGGGAUGUAUCCUAAGUUGUAAAUGCUAAGCCUUUGAAUGAGUUGGGAGCAAAUUGAUCUGAGGUGUUGAAAUUGCCAUCUCUGCUUUGGUAAUGUGAUUUGUUUUCAUUAAUUUAUUUUGGAUUGCAUUGAUACUCGUCAUUGUGUAUGUUUCUUUGUGUAACAGAGGGACAUGGACAAUGCCCAUGUGAUAGCUUUGCAUUACGGUGCAAUAAUGGUUCUAUGUUUAAAAAUAUUCCAAUGGUUAAGUAUCAAACUCAGACUUGGUAUUUUUGAGUUUAAAGGACCAUGUCAAUCAUUUUGGUGUGCAAUAAGCCUUGCGUUACUAAAUAUUCUGAGGCCCAAAACUAAGAAGAAAUGAAAGGUACACUUGCAUUCUUUUACUGUCCAUUGGUUUCAUUACAUUCUGAUAAAACUGAAAUCAGCGUGGUCAUAUUUAAGCAGUUAUUAGAGGUGUAUCCAACAUCGUAAACAAGCAUAACUGUACUGUGGAUAUUUUAGCUGUUGUUUCCACU